GCAAGCUAGGCCAUGUCCAGGAGGACAUUAAUCCUCAGAAAGUAAUAUACAAUAAGAGGUGUAGUAAUAAGGUCCUCAUGCAAGAGCCCCAGGCAGAGUUCGGUCCAUCAAUAUAUAUGUAAGGCGACGUAUAUGUUCACUCAUGAGCCUGCACAAGUGAACUUCAAUUAUGGGAUCAUCUAUGGGUGAUGAUCGUCAAUUCAUCCGAAUUCUGAGGCCAAUCCUUGUGCGUAUUAGAGAUGAGAUGCGAUCCCGAAAGCUCUAAACUAUAAUUAGUAGAAUCGGGUUAUAGCAGCUUUGGUCCUGUGCGAGUCAUACAUUUUCAUAAACUUUUUUGUAACUUUUAAACAUACUGGAAACAGUGUCUUAUGAACAGUUUACGAUUGGACUUUUUUAGUUAGAAAAGAAAAAAUGAAAUCCUGAAAGAAAUUUGCACCCAGAAAAUCACCACUGUAGGAAAUCACCAUCCAGGAAAUCACCAUGACGUCAGACAGUUAUUACAUAGCUAACAGCUAAACAGACCUUAAACCACUACAUUCCAUCAACAAUAUUUACAAAAAAUUCAUUUGAAGAAUACAAAAAAAUUAAAACUUAAGUCUCGGAUGAUUGUAAUCUGAAAGAUAGCUGCUGCAUGACUUAGAAACGUGACACACACGUGUCAAGCAAAAAAAACUAGAAUAACUACUACAAAAUCAAUACCAAUAUAAGAUACCUGAUAAUGCCACCAACCUACACUUAUGGAACAUGCGAAAUCCAAAACGAAGGAAAGCAACUUUUUCCGGAGGCCAUUGACAGGAAGAUAUUUGAACCUAUACGGAAAAAAAUUUAUUGUUUCCCAAAGAGAUACAUCUUCUCUGUACUCUGCUUUUCGGCCUGCUGUUUAGCGGUCUCAUUUAAUAUGAACUUGAGUAUUGCCAUAGUAUCCAUGAUCAAAAAAGAAAGUAACCAUGCAAAUAACACAGUAAUUAUACCUACGAACUCAUCGGAAGAUUCAGUUAUACGAGUUAAGGAGCCAUCUCUCCGGUUGUCAUGGAGUAGUGAAACUGUUGGACUAGCUUUGGGUGCUGUAUACUAUGGGCAAUUAGUAUCUUUCAUUCCUGGUGGUAGAAUGGCAGAACUUUAUGGUGGCAAAAACAUGCUUGUUGGUUGCACAAUGCUGGCAUCACUAGCGACACUGUUGUCUCCAUUUGCUGCUUUAUGGAAUGCAUACGUUUUUGUUUUUGGAAGAAUUCUUGUUGGAAUUGGUACCGGUCCAAUCAUUCCAAUUGUCUUUCACAUGCUGGCUAGAUGGAUACCACAGCAAGAAAGAAGUUUCCACGCCUCAUUCAUAAUUUCAGGUUAUGGAAUUGGAUCCUUUUUAGCUGUAAUAAUAUCUGGUGCACUAUGUGGAACGAACUUUUUAGGAGGAUGGCCAGCGGUGUAUUAUAUUGGAGCCAUCUCUGGAGUUAUUUGGUCAUUUGUUUGUGUUUAUCUGAUGUCGGAAGCUCCAGAAUUUCAUCCGAAUAUUAAUGAAAGUGAAUUACUGUACAUUCGACAGAACUUGGGAGCCCACAAUACAGAAAAGAUUACAAAUAUUCCUUGGAAAUCUAUGGCUCUUUCUAUUCCAUUUUGGUGCUUAGCUAUAGGAUUUUUCGGCCAAUUUUGGUUGUUGGGAUUUUUUUCUACCGUCCAUUCUUUGUAUAUGGGAACUGUCCUUAACCUUCCAGUGGCCAAAAAUGGCCUUUUAUCAUGUUUACCUCACUUGUUAAGAGCCUUUGCUACGGUUAUGGCUAGUUACCCUGUAGAUAUUUUGCUGAAACGAAAUCUUGUGAGUGUAGGAUUCGUCAGAAAAGGAGCUACUGUUAUAAAUACUGCUGUUUCGUGUGGAGCAUUUAUUGGAAUUACGUAUGUCGGUCGUAGUGUAACAUCAACAACAGUGCUAUUUAUGCUCGCAGGUGUUUUGGGGGAAUUCGUCACAUUUGGUGUUUGCAUGGGAUGCAUAGAUAUUGCCCCUAAUUUGUCUGGUACAGUAAGUGGACUCUUAAAUAUUGUUGGAGUAUUCCCUUUCUUCAUAAUACCUUCUAUGGUAGGAUGGCUUACAAACUAUGAGAAUUCUAUUGAAAAAUGGCAAUCUGUCUUUUACGUCACAGUUAUAAUCGUAUGUGUGUGCACCGGUGUAUUUGUUUUGUUUGGUGAUUUAAGACCACAACCUUGGGGCAUCCUUGAAAAUAAUGAAACGAAUUCUAGUAAUAUCUCUGAAAUGAAAAGUGGAAUUAUGGAAAGCGAUAGGUUAUUGUUGCCAGUUAAGAAAGAUAGAAGGCUGAAUUCUUGAAAUUCUAAUUUUUAUUAAUAGGAAUUUAAAUUUAAAACCUUUCCUUUUCAUUUGGUUUCACAAAAGCAAUGUAAUGAAACACUAGUUUUAUUAACUUAUAUGACUAUUGAUAUCUAUAUUUCUACAUUUAAUCUAAUUAGGAAUGCCGUUUACAUUUAUUGAAAGUUGUGACAUAUUUUUAACUGUUUUAAAGUUUAUACUUUCUGUUUUAAAACUUAUGCUGUAAUAUUUUCUGGAUUAUUUUAAAAACUAAUUUAUGAUAUGAAUUUAUAAUGGUUGCAUGUACAUAUGUAUUGUUUUGUGAUAUUUAUGGAGAAAUUUUAGAAGAAAAUAUUUUUAGAUUUGCUAUAUGCUAGAAGUAAAUACUUAAGUGCAACAAACUAGAUUGCUAAGAAAUGUUUCAGAUUUGUAAACUGUUGUGAAAAUUUGCUAAGCAAUUUUUCUUAUGCUGCAAAGUGUAGUGUGAAAAGUGCAAGAAAAUUUUUACAUUUAGAAAAACUCUUUUAUCUGUGUUUUACAUUUCGAAUUUCCCAGUAAAAAAAAAAUCGAAAAAUUUCAGAUUCAGUAAAUGUAAAGCUAAAUUAUUUACACAAGUAACAAGCUUCACUGUAAAAUGUUAUUUCAUAAGAAAUCGCAAAUUUUUGUUUAUUGAAAAUUUGUUAUUUAUGUCUGAAACUUUCGAAUGCUUUUAAAUUAACCAUUAUGUUUUUUUUAAAAGUAAGUCUCGUGCAAAAGAAAUUGCGAAUAAAUUACUAUUGAGUUUAGGUAUCAAACUAGAAACCUCAAGUUAUGAGGUAUACCCCAUUAAUUCCUAGAGGACUAGGUAGUUAAAACCAGUAUUCGAACAAGACAAAUUUACAACGAAAACUACUGUCUGGCAAAAGCGGGAUGAGUUCCCAGACCUUUUUGACCUUUUGAAAGCAGCCUGACUGAGAGCUUAUCUUUUUUAUUGCUAGUCUAUAAACCUGCCAAGCACUAAAUUGAAGAUCUGUUACAAAUGCUUUGGAGAAUUCACCUGUUGCUAGUUUUGUGAAUAAGCAAUGUGAGGAAUCAAGUAAAAAACAAAAGUAUAAUCGAAAUUCGCUGAAAAAGUUGAGUCAAUGCACAAAUAAUUUUGAGAUUUUACCUAUACAGCUAGUAAUUAGUAAAUGAAACAUGUUUUAAAAUAUAUUUUUUAUCUAUACCAAAACUGAACAUUUUUAUCUGAAAUAUUUUUAUGCCUAAUAAAUAUAAAAGAUUUUAAAAUGAGUAGAAAUUGUGUUGUAAAAUUAUUGACAGAUAUUUUUAAACUUCGGUUACGUGGGGAUAAAAGUUUUUGAAAUAAAAAUAUAAAUUAAAAUUACAUGAAUGUUAAAUCUAAAAAAUAUUUUAGUACAUUAAAAUAUGAAUGUUUUUACACAAAACUAAUUAAAAAAAUUGUUUUUUUUUAAAAAAAAAGUAAGUUUGUUGGUGGUCAUUGUUUUAUAAUGAGCACUUUUGAAUGCGCAUUUGUUACACUUUCAAAUUGUUUACCUAAUUCUAAUUAUUGUGAAGAGUUUUGUGAAGAAAGUUUUAUAAGAACUUUUAUUUACGUUUUAUGUUAGAAUUCUUAUAUUCUCUUUGUGUUUUUUAAUAGUUCAUUGUAAUGAAACAUACAAUGAAAAUCUUCAUCAUUUUUAUAAAAAUAGCGAAAAGGUAAUUAAAUUUGAAAUUUUAUAUUAAUUCUUUUUAGUUGUUCAAUUUUUUACAUUAAUAUUUUUAAUAACAAUUAUUGUGUUAUUUAAAUGAUGGGAAAUUUGUGAUCAAAUAAAAGAAUGCAAUUUG